AACUAAAAUGUCAAACUCCAGCAGCAACUUCUGAACAACUGCCUCUGCUUUUUUCAGAAUAUUGCACUCUUUUAAUAACUGUAUGAUAAAUUGUGUAAAUUUACAUAGAUUUUGGUGAUUGGUUUAAAUUGAGUUUCAAGUCCAAUAUGUAAUUAACGGUAUUUAUUUCGUCCCACUUGUAUUAAUUAUUUUCGUUCAGCUGUUCUCAAGAUGCCGCCUGUGAAUUCUAAGGCAAAGAAGAGUGGCGUAGAAUAUGAGAAUAUUCUCAACAAAUGCACUGCACUGGACUUCGAGAGAUACAUCACAGAAAACAAAACUUUGCUGCUAAAUGAUCCUCUUAGGGAUAUUCUGCUUUAUCCUACUGAUGAUGUUUCGAGCGUGGUACUGCCACGACGCUGGCGUACGGUAACUACAGCUGUACCAGAUGUAAGAACAGCUGCCUCCUGUCCAUUGCUCACCAGACAAGCGCUACUCAGUUAUGCCUCCAGCUGGAAUCUCAUACACUAUAAAUACAGCAGCUAUUCAGGAACUUAUCUAAACUUGCCAAGAGCUAUAGAAUCAAAGUUCCCAGAAGAAGUAUAUGACAUAGAUACUGAAGCUGAAUUAGACCAUGAGGCUCAAGCGUCCAAGGUCGAUUUUGGCACGAAAGAGGGGUACUUGCUCAAAGGGCCAGAGAUCGGCUCCGAUAGAAUAUUCAGUAAUCUCGCAUCGAAGUCAUUCAAGAAACGAUAUUGCUCAAUGGUCAGGGAGGCGGACGGCACUUAUGUACUGGAAGUUUAUAAAGACGAGAAAAAAACUGAUACAAAGCUCACUAUUGUUAUGGAUUUCUGUUCGGAUGUUGUUAAGAAUCCCAAAAGAGGCAGAUAUUGUUUCGAAUUACGUAUGGCGGGGGGCAAAGGUUACACAUUUGCGACUGACAAUGAGAAAUCUUUGAAUGAAUGGAUUGUCGCUUUCAACGCUGCUUUAAAAAAGAACCAAGACAGUCGUGAAAAUAAUCAAAACGAGGACGCUUUAGAUAAAGAUGCGGAUGUUUCUCUUACUGCAGAACCACCCCCUCCUAUAUACGGCACUCUUAAAGGUCUAGAACACAGCAUGAACCCCCUACUGUUACGGUACUCACGGGAGACCGAUAUGUCGAUAGCAGUAGCAAGGAACGAAUGUCGCUACAAUAUAUUCAAUUUGCCAUACAAACGAGCGCCUUCGCCUGAACCUCAGUUAGAACCGUUCAAAGAACAUUUCGGCCAAAGAAUUCUGCUCAAAUGUGAAAGUUUAAAGUUUAGAUUACAAGCGCCAAUAGAUGGCGAUAAAGAAUUGUUAUGUCAAGUGGAACCUUACUUUACCUCUCUCGCUUUAUAUGACACUAGAAGUGGAAAAAAACUCACUGAAAACUUCCAUUUUGAUCUGAACCCUGCCGCUGUGAAGGAUCUAGUCAAAGAGACCGAAUGCAUCAAUUCACUUAUUGAGAAUUUCAGCUACGACGUUAAGUUAGACGUUAAACAGAUACCGGACGAAUGGUUCCAUUCUAAAAGGCAGGUACUCCUCUCGGUGAACAAUCCACAUCCGGACCUGUUCCUAGUUGUGAAGAUUGACAAGAUUCUCCAAGGUCAUGUUAGUCAGGUUCUAGAACCGUACCUUAAGGCUACUAAAGACCCAAGGUUGGGUCUUAAAGUCCAUAAGACUGUGCAGGCAUAUGCAAACCGUGUGGGCAACUAUAGGAUGCCCUUCGCAUGGACUGCGAAACCGCUUUUUAGAUUAUAUAGCAAUGAUUUAGAUACAACGCCGGAAUUUCCAGCUAUUUAUCGUCAGGAACCAAAUAAAAUGUCUGAUGAGGACCUUCUAAAGAUACUGUCAGACUUCAGGAAACCUGAGAAAUUAGCCAAACUGACUGUGAUACCUGGAUGGCUCAAUAUUAGUAUUCAACAAAGUAACGAACCUGUUCCAAAUUGCAUGACGAGCGCGUACGCAGCAUUAAAACCCUUCCCGUUACCCCCCACCUCCCCCCUCACUUUGGAACUGGCGACGUUGAACAUUGAACCUGAACAACCGUACGCUGCGUACGUACACCACUUGUACGUCCGCCCUUUGAUGCUCAGUUUCGACUCGCAGAAAGUGUUCGCCCGAGCGAGGAAUAUCGCGUGCUCUGUCGAACUUAGAGACAGCGAUAUUGGGGCGAACAAGCCUUUACAGGUAGUAUACGGUCGUACCGGUAUGACAAGUCAGUACAAGUGUUCUGUACUGCAUCACAAUGCAAGUCCAAGUUGGUGCGACGAAGCUAAAAUAAGAUUACCUGCGACGCUUACACCGCAGCACCAUCUCCUGUUCACGUUCCACCACAUAUCCUGCGACGUCGGUAAGAAGAAUGACACUAACGUUGAAACUUGUAUUGGAUAUGCUUGGGUACCAUUAUUACGGAACGACAAAUUAAUUGAAGAAAUCGUUAAUUUGCCUAUAGCAACACAUUUACCAUCUGGCUAUCUUUCUAUUCAACCGUUGGGAUUGGGAAAGGGGAAUUCCGGCCCAGAAGUAGUAUGGGUGGAAGGCGAGAAACAGCUAUUCCGUUGUCAAUUAAUAUUAGACUCAACAGUAGCUACUCGUGAUCCUCAAUUGCACAACUUAUUCAGUCAAAUAGAGAGAUUGAUAAAGUGUAACUCGCCCCCCACCUCACCCUCUCCGCCGCCCUGGAAUGACGUUUGCAACGCUUUAAAAGCUGCGCAUGCGAUCAAACUUAGUUCCCUCGUUGGUUUCUUGCCGACCGUGUUAAAUCAGCUGUUUGAAUUGAUGACUAUUGAGAAAAGUUAUAACCAAGAUAUGGGCUAUCAAAUAGUCAAGCUGAUUGUUCACUUUGUCCAUAUGAUACAUGACUAUGGACGGAAGGAUCUUUUAGAUAGUUAUGUCAAGUACGUUUUUAAUUGCGUCGAGUACAAAUUGCAUAUAGUUUUGACGGCGCCACUUCAUAUGUUCGUGGAUCCAAAUCAGCAAGACUUCUUAUUAGGCCACAAGUUUAUGCAGUAUUCUGCGUUCUUCUUUGACAUAAUUAUCAAAAGUAUGGCUCAGUAUUUAAUAAAUACUGGAAGGAUCAAGAUGUCGAGAAAUGAAAGAUUUCAGCCGGACUUGUUAGAUAAUAUCGAUAAACUGGUGACAGCUGUUGAACCGUCCUAUAUAUUACAACAACCUAUGCAAACUCAUAUAUUCAACAAAAAUCUUGCCCUUUUUCUUAAAUCAUGUCUCUCCUUCAUGGACAGAGGUUUUGUGUUUCGACAAAUAAAAAAAUAUUUAGAAAAAUUUAAGGCAUGCGAUCCGAAAGCAUUAUUUGACUUUAAAUUUACAUUUCUUCAGACUAUAUGCACUCAUGAACAUUUUGUGCCGUUCAACUUGCCAUUACAAGCUAAUUUGCUUGCAAAAGACUGUGAUGAAGAUCCUGCCAAAUUGAAACUAACAGAUGAAUUCAUAAUGACUCAUUUUCUUGCCGGAACCUUAUUGAAACAAGUAGAACAAUCGCUGAGGGAAGCGCCUCAGAAACGUCGCACGGCACUCGGUGUGCUUCGUUCCUUACUGACGAAGCACGAGCACGACGACAGGUACAGAACGAGGCAGUGUCGCGCUAGAUUAGCACUUCUCUAUGCGCCUUGGCUCACCAUCGUAUUAGACAAUGCUCAUCGCUUAGUCACCAAAUCUCUAGCGAGUCCUGUAGUCGAAAACGGUACGGAUAAACCGGAUGGGGAUGCGACCAUGAAUCCAAUUAUAACAGUACAGAAGGAUAUCGCAUCUGCUAACAGUACUCCGAGAAGAAAUCGUUUGACAUUACACUUCGAUCACACGCCCGUACGACACUCGGCUCACUUCAAAGACCCACCCGUCGUACAAACAAAUAAUUUGUGUAAAGAUCACACAAAUAAUGUGUCGCAAAGCUCGCUAGAAUCUGUCUCUACAAUGUCUGGUGGAGAUUCACUUCCUAGAAAUGUAGGAAGACUGGAUUUGAGUGAAAUAGGGGACCAAGUUAACAGAUUUGGUGUGAUGUCUGCAGAGGAGGUUCGGGACGUGCUUUUGUGUUUCCUGUUUGUGUUAAAGUAUUUGGAUGAGGAGAGACUCGUUGAGUGGUGGAAAACCCACUCUCCAGCACAACAACAGUCGUUUUUCAAUGUUUUGGAGAUAUGCGCAGAACAGUUUCAAUAUGUCGGAAGGAAGAGAAUCCUUUCUGAAAUGAAAGCGACAACUCCAGAUUGUAAUGGUAAACCAAAACCAGUGAAGGCCCGGACACUGCCGGCCCGUAUGAGUCCUCCUGACUUUUCCAAAGAACCGCCCAUCGUCGUGGAAAAUAAAAACAACACCGUUAACAGAGAAAAUCUGGCCACAACCACCGUCACUACAGAAUUAGAAGCGAUAGCAGAGCAUACUGUGAUAUCUGCUGGAUGUCUGGCUACAGAAGUUGGCCUUGCUAUCAUAGAUCGAGCGUGUCUAUUCAUGAAGAACCUAGGCGCAGCGGACGGAAUCGCCGCAAAGCCAUAUUUGAAGUUGCUCCAUUAUCCUCAAAGCGAAACUCUAUAUAAGCAUCUAUUUGCUGCACUGAGAGCUUAUAUUAAUCAGUUUUCUGAAACAUUGUUUGAAGGUGGUAGUACUCUAUGUGCAGGCGUGGUAAGCGCAGUAGUAAAAUUAUGUGAGGCCCGCGCCGCAUGGUUACGACGUGAGGCCGCCGCAGCCCUUUACUUGCUCAUGAGGGCCAAUUUCCAACAUGGCUCUGGCGGUAACCUGACUAGAGUACAUCUCCAAGUCAUUAUAGCGGUUUCAAAAUUGCUGGACAAUUCUACGGCUCUGAACUGUAAACGGUUCCAAGAAUCAUUAUCAGUAAUUAACUGUUUCGCGACCGGUGAUAAAGCCAUGAAGGGUACUGGCUUAUCAAGUGAAGUGGCGGAGUUAAUGCGACGAGUUCGCACUGUCGUUGGGGCACGAGCACGGCUCGCUGGUGUUGGUGGUCAAGGCAAUUCAGGAGCGGGUAGCGUCCACUUGGCUGAGUUACAACUUGCACUAGCCGCGUCCUGUAGAGCUACUCCUAGACUAAGACACGCGUGGCUGGCAACACUAGCAGAACACAACGCGAGACAUGGCGACUAUGAUGAGGCCAUGUGUUGCCAGUUACACAUAGCGGCUCUAAUAUCAGAGUAUCUCAAGCAGCGCGGGACUCAAACCUGGGGUGCUGACGAAUUCACCGAUAUCUCUAAAAACAUUCCACGGGACGAGACGGGCAUAAAGAUCGAUGAAGUAUUUGUUGCUGAUGCAGCAACAUAAAUACAUCGUCUGUGAAAAUUUCAGCGGUCUAACUUUCACGGUUGAUGAGAUACAGCCUGGUAACAGACAGUCAGUGCAGUCUUAGUGAAUGUAGAGUGAACCCUAAAAAAGGAUACAAUCAAUGGAUUCCGAAACAUGAGGAAAAAUAUAUUGCUAUUGAUUUGUGAUUAUAAUCCCACCAUUAUACAUAAUUAUUCUUAUACAAGUAAAACUGCUACCUAUAGAAUUUAAAUUGCAGUUAUUUACCUAAUAAUUUCUAGCAUUAAUCAGUUUGAAUCGUAUAGGUAUCAUAUAUAUACCUACCAUUGAAAUUAUUAUAUGUACUGACUUACAAGCCUUUAAUUCACGAUACUAUUAUAAAAAACACCCUUCGAGUAUUCCAAUGGGAAAAAAUAAAACUAUACUGCACGC